GACAAAGGGAUCGGAAGCAGAGGAAGAGAGAGCGACACAAAGAACUGUGGAGGGAGGAGGGAGGGAGGAGGGAGGGAGGAGGAGGAGGAGGGAGCAGGGAGGGGGUGUGAUCCGCGCCGGGCCGGAGCCCGAGCCCGAGCCCGAGCCCGCUCCACAGACGGGAAUGGCCGCGGUCGGCGCGCCGGGCAGCAGCCCCCAGCCCCGGGUGUAUUUCCAGGCGGUGAGCGGCGCCGAGGAGCCGGAGCCCCCGCACAGGAAGCAGGGCAAGGUGACGGUGAAGUACGACCGGAGGGAGCUGCGGAGGCGCCUCAACCUGGAGGAGUGGAUCAUCGAGCAGCUCACCGUGCUGUACGACUGCGAGGAGGAAUCCAUCCCGGAGCUGGAGAUCGACGUGGACGAGCUGCUGGACUUGGCCAGCGACGAGGAGCGAGCCGCCAGAGUGAAGGACCUCCUGAUCGACUGCUACAAACCAACUGACGAGUUUGUGAAGGAACUUCUGAGCCGAAUUCAAGGCAUGCAGAAAUUUAACACGCCCCAAAAAUACAGCCCUCACCAGCCGAAGUGAAGGGGGCAGGGGUGUGCUGGUGGCGGGGUGGUGGGGGGGGACUUGGAAUGGGACGGAUUGGGGAUAGAGGGUGGGGAGGGGAGGGGUGGGGGGCGGGGGGGGGGCUGGGGUGAGGUAUUGGUGGUGGGACGUGAAGCAGAAGCACAACAGAAGCCCACAGGACUGGGCUCCUGAGGUUACUGGUGGAAUCUUCCCAUUCCCACACACACUGGCCCGGGAACGCCAGGGAAGGCCGUCAUUUCUUCCGCUAAUUCAGUGCCUCCUGUUUACGCCCGGAGGGUGUUAUUUUUGCUGUAAUUAAUUUUAUUAACGUGUAAACUGGUGGUUUUUUUAUAUAUAUGAAAAUGAAUUAAAAACCUUUAGUUUAAAAAAAA